UCAUGUUUGAAACCUUCAACGUCCCCGCCAUGUACGUCGCCAUCCAAGCCGUCCUCUCCCUCUACGCCUCCGGCCGCACAACCGGCAUCGUCCUCGACUCCGGGGACGGCGUCACCCACAACGUGCCCAUCUACGAGGGCUACGCUCUGCCCCACGCCAUCAUGCGUCUUGACUUGGCCGGCCGCGACCUCACCGACUACCUCAUGAAGAUCCUCACUGAGAGGGGCUACUCCUUCGUAACCACCGCCGAGCGGGAAAUCGUGCGUGACAUCAAGGAGAAGCUCUGCUAUGUGGCCCUCGACUUCGAGAACGAGAUGGCCACGGCCGCCUCCUCCUCCUCGCUGGAGAAGAGCUACGAGCUCCCCGAUGGGCAGGUCAUCACCAUCGGGAACGAGCGUUUCCGCUGCCCCGAGACCCUCUUCCAACCCUCCUUCAUCGGCAUGGAGUCAGCCGGCAUCCACGAGACGACCUACAACUCCAUCAUGAAGUGCGACAUCGACAUCCGCAAGGACCUCUAUGCCAACAACGUGCUGUCCGGCG